AUGUCUAGAGCCAAAAGAGUCAUCAAAGAAUUAGAAGAUACCAAAAAUGAUUCUAAGUCAAAUAUUACGUUGUCUUUGAUAGACGAGUCUGAUAUUUCCAAAUUAACUGGUGCGUUUCUUGGACCUCCAGAUACCCCGUAUGCUGGUGGGAAAUUCGUAGUUGAUAUUGAAAUUCCUCAAGAGUACCCAUUUAAACCACCAAAGAUGAAGUUUACCACCAGAGUUUAUCAUCCAAACAUCAGUUCCCAAACAGGAGCAAUCUGUCUAGACAUUUUGAAGGAUCGCUGGACUCCUAUAUUGACCUUGAAGGCAUGUUUGAUCUCGUUGCAAUUGCUAUUACAAACCCCAGUUCCAGAUGAUCCACAAGAUGCGGUAGUUGCCAAUGUUUACAAGACUGACAAGGCUAAGUUUGACCAAGUUGCGAAGAACUGGACCAAAAUGUACGCCAUGUUAAAUUUGGAAGAGCCAGCUGAUCCGUACGAAGGCAUCGAGCCUGAGGCUGUUAAAAUGUUUGUGGUCAUGGGGUUCGAUCAAAAGAAAGUAAUCAAAGUCUUGAAGAAGUUGAAGGUCGAAAAGAUGGAGGACGUGAGCAGUAACGAAUUGGAAGAUACCGUGAUUCAAAGAUUAUGUGAAUAG